AUUUUGAAUUAGUCUACCGACGGAUGUCGCACCGUGAAUACGUCGCCUUUACGUUAUUCAAUUCAACGAGCGAACGUUUAUUUAGGCCGCCCCGUAAAUACACACUCGUAGGUCAAGGCUAACGGAAACAUUGACUGACGCCGCGAUUGAAUAUUGUGAAAAUGUAGAUUGACAGUCGACCGCGUUCGCUGUUAUACUAGUGAACGGAUAUAGAUUCAAGUUUUCUUGUAAGCUUCGUUGAAGUCUGUUAGUAAAUUAAUGAACUUGUCGCCAAGCGAGAGACAAUCGUGCGACUGGCUUUGGUAUUAUAUACCGGAGACACGGAGAGCAGUGCUGUGAGAGACUGAAGCUCUUAGUGAAAAUUUUACUUUCUAAGAGACGAGAUUGUUACUUAAAUUAAUUAUAUAUAAUCAUUGACAAUGUUCCUUAACGAAACGCUACUUAUGCUUAUGUACACUACCAAUAUAAUGGCCACUCUGAAGAACGAUACCAGCAGUAACGUCUCCAAGGGUAACACUGGCCAAUACAAUUUGACUAUGCUACCGCCGGAUGAGAAAGACAAAAAGUUCAGCGCGAAAGACGAUGGGGAAAUUUGGCGAUGUUACCAACCUUACGGAUGUUUCUUCAUCGGUCCACCGUGGUCAGAAGAGAACAGACCAGUUUUAUUUCCGGAUCGGCCGGACAGUAUUCACCCGCGCUACGUUCUCUAUACUCGGAAUCACACUGAGAGUUCUGAUAUCGUGGAAAUAGAUCAAUUCGACAUAAUACACCAGUCAAACUUCCGGAAGCAUAAGACCCUCUACUUCAUUAUACACGGUUAUCUCGACAACGGGGACAAGACGUGGGUUCUUAGAACAAUGCGGGAACUUUUGAUUCGAGACGAUGCCAACGUCCUCAUUGUCAAUUGGAUCGGUGGCGCUGGACCACCAUAUACGCAGGCUGUGGCGAACACACGAUUGGUCGGCGCCAUGACAGCCCGACUAGCAGCCAAAUUAAUAGAAACUGGUGAAGUUCAAGCGCACAAGAUACAUUGCAUAGGGCAUAGCCUUGGUGCUCAUACGUGUGGCUACACUGGGCAUACCCUGAAGACCUCCUAUGGUUACACCAUGGGCAGGAUUACAGGUCUCGAUCCAGCAGAACCACAUUUCAGCAACACUUCACCGAUGGUCAGGCUUGACCCAUCUGAUGCUCAUUUUGUCACUGCGAUACAUACUGAUUGCAAUCCUUUUAUUAGUGGGGGUCUUGGUAUUACUCAGCCGGUGGCUCAUAUUGAUUUUUAUCCCAAUGGUGGUAGAAAUCAACCAGGCUGUAACGAAGGUGUAUUAAAUUCCAUUACCUUGGAACGUGGCAGUUUCUUUAAAGGAAUCAAGAGGUUCCUUGGCUGCAAUCAUGUCAGGAGCUACGAAUAUUUUAUUGAAAGUAUCAACACAGCCUGUCCCUUCCUGGCUGUUCCUUGUUCCUCCUGGGACCGCUUUCAGCAGGGCCACUGUUUUGAUUGCAAAAAUCAGUACUGUCCAAGAUUUGGUUUCGAUGCUCACCCUGGAAAUCAUCAUGCAUCUACAUACCUAAUGACUGGAUCACAGAAACCAUUUUGCAAGGCCCAUUACAGAGUGACUAUAAAUAUAUCAAAGACUGAUGAAAGCUUGGAUCAUGGUGGGGAAGUUGGAAUGUUCAUGAUGCGAGUUAUAGGAGCCAGUAAUAAAAAAACUGAGAGAAUAAGCCUAAGCGAGACUUCAAGGUACUAUGAACCCGGAAGUACUCACACUAUCGUACUUCCUGGAGACGUUGUAGGUAAACCAGAAUCAGUAGAAUUAUCCUGGGAGUAUCAAACGUCGGUAUUUAAUCCAUUGACAUGGAGACUCUUACACAAGCCAAGAGUUUACAUUGAUUCAGUAACAGUAGACAAUUUGGAAACCAGUCAAGGAAUCACAGUCUGCCCGGAUGAAUCGAAGACCUUAUUAGCUAACGAGCCAAAAAUCCUUCAAGCAGACAAUUGUCAUCCAACCGACGUUAAUUUCGUGUCCACAUGAGUGACUACACAAAUAUUUUACUACAGUAGGAAAAGAAGAAAAUUGUCGUAUAAAAAGAAAUGAAUAACUGAAGCAAACUUUUACAUCGUACGACAACCACGUCCUAGCACAAGAAGGAUAUAACCUCUUAGUGUUCUUUUAUAAUUUUAGAAUCUCGAUCAAUUCCAAUGCGUCAUUCUCAUUUACGCAAUCAUUUCAUGAAGAGAAGUAAGAAAAGCGCGGAAGUAAACUAUAGCAAUUCCAAAUUUUACUUUGAUAUGCUACAACGUGAAGAGACCGUUUCUCAUUGCAUGCAUAUGAAUUCAGCUAUAUACAUGUAUAUUUCACGAAUCAGUUCCCUUCACCGUCAUUAAACAUAUUGACCGUAUUCUACAAGCUUCCCAGCAAAGAGAAUCAUAUUUCUUAAUCCUAUCUCACCUUGGCACUUUCAUGCUACGUGACAGAUCAUUAUUCUACGAUUAAACUAUAAUUUAAAGUGAUAAGGUCUAUGUCAUAUAUGAUUCCAUUGAAACAGCUCGCGUGUCUAUCGAUAAUAGGACUGCACCAGAUUCCAGACGUUGAAGGCUGCCUGCUCCUUGAGUGCAAACAUUAUGAAGGACCAAUUAUUACAUCUCAACUGAAUCAAUGAAAAUACUAAGCUUUUAGGUUGAGCCAUUCUGAAUGGCCGUGACACUGAUGAAUCUGUCUAAUAUAAGUAUGUACAAGAUUAA